GCCUUAUGGAGAAAGGAAAAAGCAAAGAAACUUCGGGGGAAAGAAGACGCCCUCGUGCAUCUAUCUCUAUAUAUAUCCCAGUCGUAGCUAUAAAGAACUCAAUGUAUCCGAGUUAAGAAGACCGAGAGAGAAUCAGAAAUGCGGUCAGGAGGGUGCAAGGAUCACCCAGAUAACAAGCAAAUGCCUGGUGUUUGCUCUUCUUGCUUGAGAGAAAAACUGUCGCGGCUCGAACUAAUUCAAUGCAACCGGGAACCACUUUCUCCUCCUAAUUCAGCUCCUACUUUUGAUUCUUGUGCGGAAGCCGCCUCGUCAAAUUACGCGUCUCAAGCAGUUUAUCAUCGUCGACGCCACCGUCGAAAUGCAUCGGAUGUGAUGAAUUCGGUGUCUUAUUCCGAGCUGGGUUUCGAUUAUGGGCUCAAGAAGAGUAGAUCGAUUGCCUUUGCUUCAAUAGACGAAGUCGGUGCUAGUUAUGCAGGGAAGAAAUAUGGAUUUUGGUCCAAGCUCCUUAAAUUGACGAGAAAGGGUACCAAGAAUGUCUCGAAGCACUCCACGACCACACGGGAGGGACGGGGCUAGUGAUCGUUAUUUGUUGGCCUUAAGGUUAUGAAUGAACCCAGAAUCAUAGACGUAGGAACAUUAGGUGUUUGAAGUUUUUGAGACAAAAUCAGAAAUGGAGAUCACUCAAUGAUACAAAAGAUUUGAAGAUGAUGUAUAGCUAAGAAUUACCAGCUUUCGCUGGAGGCUUUUAGAACAAUUUUUGCUUCAUUGAAAAGAAAAUGUUAGUAAAUAGUCAAUUUGCAGGUGCAGCUUGCUUCCUUCUAGGCCAUGGCGCCUACCGCUUACAGUUACCAUACUUCAAAUUAAUUAACUUGUAAGGGCUUGUCGCAAUAUAAAAGGUUAUUAAUAUAUUCUAACAA